AUGGUUUUGUCAGACGCAACCACCCCGCUUCUACCUCGGCCCACCAACACUCCACCUGGACGCUGCCUCGACUCAGCAGAUGAUGCUCAAAAUCCUCUCAUCGACAAUGAUACCAGCUCAACUCAGGAUGGGAGCUUUGAUGGCGAAGAUGCAAGGGUUUGCACAUCCACAACCGCCGUCGUGAGCAAAUUGCCCGCUUCUGUCGGCCGAAUUGUGUCCGUCCUGCUGAUCGGAAGCUUCAUCUCCAGCGCUGAUGGCUCCUUGCUAUUCGCGACUCAUCCCAUCAUCGCCUCUGAGUUCAAUGCGCUGCAUGACUCAACGUGGCUCAUAGCCAGCUUUGCUCUCGCGCAAGCGGUCUCACAGCCUUUGUACGGGAAGUUGAGCGAUAUAUAUGGUCGCAAAUCCAUGCUCAUGUUGGCUUACACUCUCUUCGGCAUCGGCCUAGUGAUGGUUGGGGCCGGUCAGUCAAUGCCUGCCUUGAUCUUUGGGCGGGUUAUUUCUGGAUUGGGCUCGAGUGGUAUGACAAGCCUUGUCUCCAUUCUCAUCACAGACCUAGUGCCGUUGCGGGACGUGGCGACAUGGAGAUCAUAUGUCAAUAUCGCAGCGACAACAGGUCGAAGUAUCGGUGGGCCUCUGGGCGGCUGGCUGGCUGAUACUGUCGGCUGGAGAUGGUCAUUCUUGGGCCAAGCCCCGAUCGCAGGCAUGGCAAUACUGCUAAUCGCCUUGACGCUUCCUGCUCAUACUCCGGAAGACCUCAAAGAUGACUUGAAACGUAGCAAGUUUGCACGCAUUGACUUCAUGGGGGCGAUCUGUAUGACGCUCAGCUUGCUUGGACUACUUUUACCGCUUGAGAUUGGUGGUGAACGCGUUGCAUGGUCUUCCCCUAUAAUCUUCGCUUUAUUUGGGGGCGCUGCUAUCUUCGGCACACUUUUUCUGGUAAUUGAAGCCUGGGUAGCGAAAGAACCAAUCGUCCCGGUCCAUCUACUACGGCAUCGAGACGUAAUAACAUCUGGCUCCAUCAUGCUCUGCCAGUGUGCUGCGCAAACUACUCUCAUGUUUGCAGUACCACUCUACUUCCAGAUUACAUCCAAUGUCUCCAACACUGUGGCCGGAGCGCACCUAAUUCCUGCUGUCGUCGGUAAUGCGAUAGCUGGCAUCCUUUCGGGGCGCAUUAUCCAACGUACUGGACGUUACAAAGCUCUUGCCGUCGUGGCUUCGAUAUCAGCAUCAAUUGGCUUCUUCUUACUGGUCUUGCGCUGGCACGGAGACACAAACUGGCUUGAGUCUCUGUAUAUCUUUCCUUGCGGUUUUGCUAUGGGUAUCAUGCAGUCUGCUUUAUUCAUCAGUAUUCAAGCUGGUAUUGCUCCUGAAUAUUCGGCGAUUGCAGCUUCUGUACUAUACUUGACGCAGCCUACGGGUAAUGUUGCAGGGCUGGCAGUUGCCAGCGCCGUGCUACAGGGAACACUUCGGCAAGGACUUGGUCGGCGACUAGAAGAGCUAGGGUAUGAAGACAAGAUGAGGUCAAGAAUUAUUGAAAAAGCUGUCUCGGAUGUUCACUAUGUUGACAGGGCAACUCCGCAAGUUGCCAAGGCGGUGAAAGGAUCGUAUGUCGACGCACUGACAUGGACGCAUGUGCUAUCAUUGGCUUGCGCUCUCACUGCUUUUGUCGGAAGCCUGCUCCUCCGCCAACACAGGCUACGAUGA